ACCAGACGAAAAAAAGGCACCAGCGUUCGUACGCAUUCAAAUCACAUUUCUUAAAUUCAUCAAUUCGUUCUUCAAAUCUCCAAUUUUCUCUUCUUCUUGAAGUAAUCAUUUGAUUUCAAAUCUUUCUUCUGCAAGAAAUUCAAAGUACAACAAAGAGGAUCGAUAUAUAUAGGUCUUCGUUUCUUCAUCAUCAGAUCUUUGAGCUGCUUUUCAUUCAGAACUAGUACAACUGCUUUAUUCUCUGAAGAAAUCCUCAGAGAUCUAUCUAUUUAUCAAUCUGUAAUCAGAAUCUCAUAAUGGAACGUGAUUUCAUGGGACUAAAGAAGGACGCCGCCGCCGCUGCUGCUGCUGCUGCCGUGAAAGAAGAAGCCGCUGAAGGAUGCAAAGAUUUCUCUAGAGUGUCAGGAAUGCCAUGGCCUUUAUCUAGCAAGGUUUCAGCUCUACAUAGUUUUAUGCCUUUUAAGGCUUCUUAUGAAGAGAGGACACCAAAACUCAUGCCAGAAACUGUUGUCUCUCAAGGAUUCAUCCCUGUAUCAGCUCCAGAUGCAUUUGAGACCAAUCAAAAACGUAUUUAUACUGAAAUUCAGCACAAUAAUAAUUCAUUGAAUUUCUCUCGGGAUGCAAAGAUGCUUUCAGCUGCCCAACGUCCAAUUUCAUUUGCCUCUGGAAAUUCAUUCUUCGGUUCUCAAUUUGUUGGCAAUUCUUUCAAGCAACAACUACUAGGAGGAUCCCCUGUUGCUUCCCCACAUCCAGUUCCUUCUCCCGGUUCUGUCGUAGGAACAACUCAUUCACGGUUUGCUCCCAAGAAUUCUGCUGGCCCUCCUCAAUUGACCAUCUUUUAUGCAGGGACUGUUAAUGUAUUUGAUGAAAUCUCACCCGAGAAGGCUCAGGCUAUUAUGUUGUUGGCGGGCAAUGGCAAUGGAAAUGGCAAUGUAUCUUCGAUGAUAUCAUCACAACCGAGAGCUCAAGUUCAGAUGAUGUGUCCAGCCUCAAAACCAAACCUGCUUCCAAUUAGUACACCACCAUCCUCUGCUCUCUCAAGCCCCUUAUCUGUUUCAUCUCAUCCAGCUAAUAAUCCAUCAGGUAGUGGUUCAGCUACAAAUGACGAAAUGACUGUCAAUCUUGCUAAGAAUACUGAUUCGCCAAGAAUAGUUGCUUCUGUUGGUCCUCUUGCUGCAAUGGCCACCUUGAUGCCCAAUGCUGUUCCUCAGGCGCGUAAAGCAUCACUGGCCCGUUUCCUGGAGAAGCGCAAAGAAAGGGUGAUGAACGCAGCAGCGCCAUACUACAUAAGCAAGAAGGAUUCGUGAGGAAGGGAUGUUGCGACGCCGCGCCUAUAAAGACAGGUAUUUGAGGAUGAACCCAACCAACUCUUUUAAGAAGGAAAGAUUAAGUUUUACAAUAUUUAAAAUUAAAAAUAAAAAAGGAAUUUUUUAUUUAUUAAGAAUGAGUUAUGGGUUGGGUUUUGUUGGUUAAUUUAUUUACUUAUUGAUAUGUUGUGUUAGUAGUACUGCUUAUUAAUUUAGGUAUUUUUAUAUUUUUGGAAUUUGGAAUUUGGAUGUAGUAGUAUAAUCUUUGACAUAUUUUAUUAAUAAGUAUGUCAUGCCAAAGUUUAUUGUAAAAUAAACAUGUAUUACAUUGAGAAAUUCUUAAGGUACACAUUCCUUUUAAAUCA